UUUUACAAAUUCUCAGUAUAUUUAUAUGAAUACUGGUUUUUGGAAUGAGGAGAGUAAGAACGAAGUUCUAUACAGCAAGAUCAUGAGAGACGUCCAGGCAAUUCUAAUACAGCAGAAUGAAAUUUAUAUGAAUGAGAUCAACCGUCUUCAGCGUGAAAUAAAACAACUUCGGAAAGAUGGAAUAGCCAAAGCAGGAAACAGCAGUCAAUCACCAUUGAAGUGUGAAUCGGGUGUACUAGGAAUUCACAAAUCUCCUUCUCCUACCUGGCCAUAUACACAAGUAGUCAGCUUCCGUUCUCCAUUUCGGGAAAUACCAGCAUUGACUUAUGGUCUGUACCUACUCGAUUCUUGGCAUCGCACCAACCUUCGUGUGAAUGCGAUAGUGACGGAUAUCACCAAUAGUGGAUUUAAUGUGAGGCUGCAGACAUGGGCAGAUACCACUUUAUAUGGAGCCAGUAUUAGCUGGAUGGCUUGUGGAGGAUAAAAAUACGUGUAUCUUCGCUUACAAAAUUUUUAGUUUUAUGUAGCUUGUAGUGAAACAUAGUUUUCAAUGAAUGAUCUUAUGUCCUUUUCAAUUGUAUAGAAUAACAAAAGUGAUAAAGGCUCAAAACAAAAAAUUACAUAUAAUCAAAUUUAAAUUCAAUUUAAUCUUUCCAUUCCAGAGUCACAGCAAGUCGAUAUAUUUUUUUUUACAUGAAAGAGAGAUUCUGUAGAGAACAGCUUUAAGUUUUAGUGUACGUUCGUUCGUUGUCUAUGCAUCUUUCUUGUUUUUUCCCAUUUUCUCGUAAUUUAUUAACGAAACACUGGAAUCUCAUCCCAGUAACGAUUUAAGUGUUAAAAAAAAGUGAAUCAUUAAGUACAUACAUGUAUAGAAACACUUAGCCUUCAUGAGAAGUACGCUGAAAAGGCUUCUGAAACAUAUACUUGAAGGCUGCAGUGCCGCGUUGUCGAAUGAUUGAUAUAAAUGAAGCAUAAAUUUACCUAACAUUAUCUCCGUAGUUCAUUUGUCUCCAAUUACACAUAUUGCUUGGUUUGGGAAACAUUGCUGCUAGAAUCCAAAUAUAUUUAUAAGAAAAUAAUUAUCUAACAUUUAUACGAAAAAAAAUCCUUCCAUCAUGUACUGUAAGCAUUUUGAUCGGAGAUUAUAUACAUGUACAUGUUCUCAGAGAACAUCACUAAGCACACGAUAUUAACAUCAAUAACAAUUUAGUGGAGUUUUAUACUAAGUGUUAUUGCAAAACUAAACUGUUCAAGUAUAUACGUGGUAAAGUGUUAUACCACGCAUAUAUGUAAUCAAAGUACUGAAGAUACUGAUGGGAGUUGAUUUUAAGGACGAUUUCAAAUAAAAUUUUAUGUUUUUAACCUUGUUUACAACUUUUCAAAUAAUCUGCAACAUUAUUGCUUCUUAAUUUGGUAUGCGAGUAUCAAAAGACUAAAAAAAAAUGUCACGAAUCUAUGGAGUCAAAUAAGUAAGGCUUGUUUUGAUUUGACCAUAACUUUUGAACGAUAUGCCAAAACGUGUAAGACUUCUUCAUUGCUCUAAAUUUUUCAGUAGUUUAAGGUAUUUUCCUUACCAAAAAUUUGUUUAAAAGUGCCAGUGCGACUUUUUUGCGCCAGAAUGCUAUUCAAGUUGUUGAUUCCGCUCAUAUAAUCUUUAAUUGAAUAAAUGAUUUUUAAGUGUACGUUUGCAUACGGGGUAUAUAUCUCUCAGUUGAUUCGAUA